UUUGGGUUAUUGCCGUCUCUUCCCAGCAUGAAAGCAGGAUGGAGGACCGAGCAAAGUGGCUCUCUUCGGGGAAAGAAUCGAACUCGGAUCUGGAGAAAGGACCGUCGGAGAUGUUGGAAGACCUGGUGCUGAAGUGGUUCCUGACGACACAGGUGCCCCUUAUCUUGCAGGACGGCGAUUUACCGGCGUGGUUCCACGGCUUCAUCACACGGAAGCAAGCUGAAGACCUUCUUAAAGGCACCGAGUUUGGUUGCUUUCUGAUCAGAGUUAACAAACGAUCCUUCGGCUACAUUCUCUCCUAUCGGGGGAAAGACCGAAUCCGGCAUUUUGUCAUUGCCGGUCAACGCAACGGACGCUACGCCAUUUCGGGGGACACCCAGACCCACCAAAGCCUGGCCGAACUGGUCGGCUUCUACCAAAAGACCGACCUUGAGCCUUAUAGUGAAAAGCUUACCGUGGCCUGCUCAAAGGACGAAGAGACAAGUGUGUAUGACGAAAUCACUUUGGAUCGGCAGACAUCUUCCAAACACAGCUCCGCGGCAGGUGUCCCAGUCCGGACCAGUCCAUCAACCACCAAGCCAGCAAAGGAGAACGUCAACAGCCAGCCUGCGAAACCAGGAAAGAAGCUUUGGGAUCAACAGAAGUCUUUAUCCAAGGAGAAAGGAGACCCGAGUACAGAGGACCCCGAUGAUGCCCCACCACUUCCAGCCAGGAGCAACCUGCUGAUAUCCCAGUCCUUUGAGGAAGAUCCAAACGGUGAAGGGAACUUUGUCAAGAAGGACUGUGUAGAUAACAGGAGCCCAGAAGUGCCGAGAAAACCCUCUAAAGGAGACACAGAAGAGUCACAGAAGCCUGAAGGUCUAGACCAAGCCAACUCUUCUUCUAGCAGAAAGAAAACAAGCUCUCUGUUUGCCAUGGCUAAGCAAGUGGAUCGAUCCCACAGCAAAAAAAUCAAUCUGGUAGAAGCUACUCACCUGGAGACAAUUUAUUCCGAAAUUGGCCUGGACCAAGACAAGGGUUCCUGGUUGUUUCCUGAUUCCCGGAGUGGUCAAUCCUCCCUGACUCCAUCAAGGAAGACAACACUAAGCUCCCCAACGUCAACUCCUCCAAAGCUGUCUCCGAAGUUACCUAGCAAACCAAAGGCAUCCAUGGAGCUCCAAGGUUCACAACCACCACUUGCACCACACCUUACCUCUCCUGCGUUGGACAAAGAUCCUCAGAAGUCAAACCAUGCCAAAACCUUGCCCGAGUCACCCAUGUACGGCCAGAUCCACAAGAUGAAAUCCCAGCAAUCUGCAACGUCCACCAGUGACAAGACGAGCAAUGCUUACGAAGAGGUCUCUUUUGGGUGGAUGAAGAACGUCGUUCCUGAGCCUGAGUCAGAAAAGCUGGUCAAGGAGACUUACGACCAGAUCUCUCCAAAGAGUCGAGGAUCCUUGAAGCCAGAGGCUGAGGAUCCAUACGAAAAGAUCCCUCUUCAUUUCACCAAAGGUUCCCCAUCGAAAAAGCAUGCCCUCACCAUGGAGAACCCCUACAAGCAAACCACCUUCAGCCCUGUCAAAGGAGUUGAGGCAAAGCCAAGUCAAAAGAGUGACAAGCCCAGACGGUUCUUCUUUACUGACAAGAAAACCAAAUUCUGAAUGUGGCAACAGAAAGGGGACGUUCGGCCUUAACCUGUGCUGAAGAUGACUCAACAUGAAUCAGCGACC